CCAUUAAUCACGAAACGCAAUCUCUCUUACUGACUAUCCGGUAUUCGAAAACGGACCAGUUAGGUAAAGGCACAGUACUUCAAAUAGAUAAGCAGGGUGGUGUAGCAUGUCCAUAUCAGCUCAUUACUAAAUACGUCAGCAUCCGUCCAGAGGGUUCAGGUACAUUAUUUCGACACUUCGAUUUAUCCCCACUCACACGAUAUCAAUUUACGGGGGUACUUUGUAAGGCAGUAAAGCACCUAAAUUUGCCUGGUAUCUCAGGAUACAAAUCUCACUCUUUUCGUAUCGGCGCGAGUACUGAUCUCGCGUUAAAAGGAUUUUCAACUCAUGACAUUAAGAGAUCUGGUCGUUGGAAAUCUGAUUCUUACAAAUCCUACAUUAGCAUACCAAAGUUUUAAUUUAAUUUUAGAUAUACAGACAAUAUGGUUGGUGGGUUCAUCAAUAAUCAAGCACGCCUUUUUGGAAGCUGUAUUAAGACCAGGUGGUACAAAUUUGACAUUAGAAAGAAAACACAUCUCACUGUGGUGGCAGGGUUAUAGUGGCCUCCAGUUAAGUAAAACUAAACAAAAGAUUAGAACUCUUGGAAAGGUGGGCCCUGUACCUAAUUUCAUCCUUAUACAUUGUGGGGGGAAUGACUUGGGCAAUGUAUCGAUCAGAAAAAUAAGGGUGGUUGCAAAGCAGUUGGUUUUAUUUCUAAGGAAUCACUUUCGAAACAGUAGGAUUAUAUGGUCAUUUAUACUUCCGCGUCUCCAAUGGCGCUAUUCAGCAAAUUUAAAAGCUAUGGAAAAUGCACGCAAACGGGUUAAUUCUGGUAUAGCUGCAAUUGUCUUGCAAUCUGGGGGCGCAAUAAUUCGCCAUUCAGACAUUAAACCUGAUCCAGCUUUAUUUUUACAGGAUGGGGUACACUUAUCCUCGUUGGGGAAUAACAUUUUUCUAAACUCUCUCCAGGGGGGACUUGAGGCUAUCGUUGCCCAUGGUCAAUCCUGCUUUCCCAAUUAGCAAGGGUCCUGGGUACGGCUGUUCGUAUAUGCCGCUCUACCCCCACCAUGGUGGCGGAGUUCCCUGGAUGAGUUUCAUUCUGAUCCUCAUCUCAGGGAACUUGUGGCGUAUAAGCGGCAUUUUGGUAAUUAUAUUGUAAGCUUUGACCUCUGCACCUCCCAGGGUCAAUGCUUUCUAUAUAUAUAUAUGGUGAACUUUGAACUUUGAUGUUGUGAACUUUGAACUUUUGAUGUUGUAUGAACUUUGACUUACCACUAUAUGAACUUUGACCUUUGGUAAUGACCUUGAUAUAUGAUUUGCUUUGAUGUUGAAUGUUGUUUGUGCAUUUGAUUGGGGCAUGCUCUUGUCUUGGCUGCCCAUUGCCCAUAUGAUAUUGUUUGUUUUGCAUUUGAAACUAAAUAACAGCCGUGCCCAUAAUAUCGCCACACUUUAAUAAAAUUAAUUUCAAGUUAC